GAUGAAUUUACUCAUGAAGAAUGGGUUCAGCUUCUCAAGAAAACGUUAGAAGGGGGAGAAGAGGAAAAUAUUACAAAACUCUUUGAACAAUAUCUAACGCAAUAUGUUAAUGAUGGAGAACAGUGGGUAGAAUAUAUCAAAUGGAUGAUGAAAGGCGAUGACGUUGAGAAAAUGGAUAAGAAACGUAUUGAAAGCUCUUUUUUCAAAGUUCUGACCAAAGUCUAUAAUGUCAAGUUAUGGAGACUAUAUUUACAUUAUGUUGAACUAAUCAAUCCGAUCACUCCAGAUAACGGAGAAAAAGCUAGAAAUAUAGUUUUAAAAGCGUACAAUUUUGCAAUAGAAACAGUAGGGCAUGAUUUCUUCAGCAGUAAUGAAAUCUGGGGUGAUUAUUUGAAAUACCUUUAUGUUUGGCAGGCAGUCAAUCCCAAUGAAGCAUCCACCCGAGAGGAUUUGAUUAGAAAAGCGUUGAAGAAUAUGAUAAGUUACCCAAGUUUGAACUUGGAGGAAAACUGGAAGAUUUUUACUAAAUUUGAGACCGACCUCAACUUGAACAAGUCAAGAAAAGUCAUUUCCGAUUGUAAGAAUGAUUAUUUGAAAUUGAAAGGACUCAACAAUGAGGUCAUUGGUUUAACGAAAUCAAUAAAAAAAGUGGAUGAAAGGAAACAUAGUUUAAGACAAAUCCGGAGAUGGAACAGUUGGAUCAAUUGGGAGAAGGAAAAUAAGUUAAAACUUACAGAAGAGGAAGCCAACAAGCGGAUCAACUACGUGUACAAUCUAUCCAUCCAGUACUGUUAUCUAAUGCCUGAAGCAUGGUUCAACUUCUCCAAUUAUUUGGUGGUCGAACGCAAUAAUGCCAAACUGGGAUUGGAGGUUUUGAAGGAUGGUAUUAAAGUGAAUCCAUAUAGUCUCAUUCUUAGAUAUCAGCUAUCUAACCACUAUGAAGGCGCCAACGAUCUGGAGAAAAUCAAGGAAACAUGGCUUGAUCUUAUCAGGAGGGUCGAGAACAGUGCUAAGAAGGAUGACAGACUCAUCACGUACUGCUACUCCAUAUUAAUGAGGGUAGUCAAGAGGAUUUCCAACAUUAAAGAAAUUCGGAUGAUUUUUAAACUCGCGAGACAGUUCAAAGGUAUCACCUGGAACAUCUUCUAUCAGUACGCCAUGAUUGAAUAUUACAACAAUGAAAUCAAAAUUGCCAACAGGACUUUCGCACUAGGAAUGCAGUAUUUCAGCACCGAGAUCUCUUUUGUGCAGAAGUAUCUACAGUUUUUGAUUGACAUCAAGGACAUGACCAACUUCAAGAAGACGAUUGAGCUUUCC